GUUUUACACAAAACUUAUUACCGAUUAAGACAUGAUUUCAUUGCAAUGACAGUGAAUCCCAAUUAACCAAUCGAUUCAUUCCUCUUAUCGUAUAUCAAAUGAGUCAUCAAUUGAUCCCUAAAUCACUAGUUAUAUCACUGGAACCGUUGUUGUGAUAUUAGCUCAAGACAUACACACCUGAAGACUGAUUGUAAUUAAUUGAUUGAUUGCAAACAUUUUGUGGUGAAAUGUGUGCACAAAAUGUGGAUUAAAUUUGAAGAAGUGUUGAUCGCAAACGCCUUUUGGGUGACCGAAAGAGCGAAUCCAUACUUCGUGUUACAGCGCCGUAAAGGACACGGAACCAGAGGUUUCUCAUCCAUUUUGGUCGGAACUAUUGACUCAGUCUUCGACACUAAGCCGCCGCCGUAUCGUAUUCUUCAUCAGACAACCAAUUCUGAAGUCAGUUAUUCGGUGUCGUGUGCUAUAAAGAAGGAUGAGAUAUACAAAGACUGGGAUUGGAUUGAAACCAAUUUAAUGCCGACAUUGAUAUCGUUUGAGAGCGAGGAUGACGUGACAGACUUUGUCCGAUGCAAAGUGGAGAGUCUGAUCGCACAGGCAGUCAGUGAUAUAACAGCCGCCCAACCCAUUGAAUCGACCGAUAGCCGCAACUUUAGGGCCGCUUCUCAUAAGUUUGCGAAACUAUUCUCUAUGCCUGAGGAGGAAAAGCUCGUUAACUAUUAUUCGUGCAGCUAUUGGAACGGCCGACUGCCCCGACAGGGAUGGCUCUAUCUUAGUGUAAAUCACUUGUGUUUUUAUUCAUACCUUUUUGGCAAAGAAUUGAAAUUAAUCAUCAAAUGGGUUGACAUAAAGAAUCUGGAGCGCGACAGUACUGUCCUAUUCCCGGAUAGCAUCAAAAUAGUGACUCGCGAUAAGAGUUACAUAUUUUCCCUGUUUUUAAAGACAUCCGAAACGUAUAAUUUGAUGGAACAGUUGGCGAACCUAACGAUGAGACAAAUUAUCUCCGAUGAAAGACAACUUCCGUUUAAAGUUGACCACAACUUAGCGGCAAAGAAAUCAAAGAAUGUCCCGAAAAAGGUCUCAUUCUUGAAACGAGAUUUGGACGCCAGAGCGAUGAGUGAGUCCUAUAGAAUCACAUUCAGACUCCCCUCCAACGAGAAACUGGACGGCACUCUACCUCUCACUCUAUGGACACCAUAUAAUAAGCAACACGUUUGGGGCAAAAUGUAUUUGUCUAACAAUUAUGUCUGCUUUGAGAGUAGAGUUAAAUCGUUAGUCUCUUUAAUCAUACCUCUGAGAGAAAUACUAUCGACUGAAAAGUUGGAUAACAAUCCGAACACAGGAUAUGACAGGAAUAACGCGAUUCUGAUCUCUUGUUUGAAAUCCAAUUUCAUUUUCUCUCAUAUCGACGACCGAGACUUUCUGGUCAUUAAAAUAUCAGAAUUACUUUCGAGAUUAACUGAAGACCGAAGAUCCAGUAUUGAUUCGUUAAGUCGACAAUUGUCUACAGUUGACAGCCAGACGUCAUGGCUUCCAGAACCCGCUCUGAGCACAAAAUUUCCAUUUCCCGAAACACCGGAAUCAACGGCUAAAGAGUCGGUGAAAAUGAAUUUAUGGGAAUUGCAUUUCAUUGAAUACGGAAGAGGUAUUUCAUGCUAUCGAACGGCCAAAGCCAGAGAACUCAUACUGAAAGGCAUUCCCGACAAUAUUCGCGGCGAGCUUUGGAUGUUAUACUCCGGAGCUAUAAAUGAAUUGUCGACUCAUCGCGGAUAUUAUGAGCUCAUUGUUCAACAAAGUCUCGGCACACAUAGUAUAGCGACCGAUGAGAUUGAGCGCGAUUUGCACCGUUCACUACCAGAACACCCGGCCUUUCAGUCGACGCUCGGCAUUAACGCACUCCGCCGUGUCCUCAAUGCGUACGCCUUUCGUAACCCAAACAUCGGUUACUGUCAGGCCAUGAAUAUCGUCGCAUCAGUUCUUUUAUUGUACGCCUCAGAAGAGGAAGCGUUUUGGCUUUUGGUCGCCCUCUGCGAGCGCUUACUUCCCGACUAUUACAACACUAAAGUGAUCGGAGCUCUCGUAGACCAGGGAGUGCUCGAAGAGUUAGUUAAAGAACAUUUGCCCGAACUCUACAACAAAUUGAUUCCAUUCGGCAUAUUGUCGAUGAUAUCUCUUUCGUGGUUUUUAACCAUCUUUCUAAGCGUAAUGCCUUUCGAGUCGGCCAUUCAUAUCGCCGACUGUUUCUUCUAUGACGGCGCGAAAGUUGUCUUUUCGGUGGCGCUUAAUAUUCUGGCCUCAAAUAGUGAGGCACUGAUGGCCGCCAAAGACGACGGCGAAGCCAUGACUGUAUUGAGUGGUUAUCUCGAGAACAUCUCCAAUAGAGACGCAAAGAUCCCACAUAUCGUUCAUUCGGUGGCCUACGGGUCGGCUUCUAAGAGAGCGAGUCAGACGAGUACUGAAAUUAAUGAUUUGAUUUACGAUUCGUACUCUAAAUACGGCUUCAUUUCCGCCAAUUAUAUCGAAAAACUUCGAGUAAAGCACAGAAUAAAUGUUGUCCAGAAUCUUGAAGACAAUACCAUGAAAAAUGUGAUCCGAAGUCUUCAGAGCUUUCCAAUCAUUUCCAAGUAUUUAACUUCUGAUCAAAUCAAAGAUAUUUACGUCAUUUUUAAAGAGGAACAGUUGAGACAACAAUAUUGGGGCCAAACAUUGCCCGCCAACGAGAAGUUUGAUUUGUCGCACCCUUUCUACGAGAUAUUCAAGUUAGAUAUGGAUCAGUUUCGGUGGUAUUUCAACCACUCGUGGCCGUGGGCUCAGGCGGAGAACACGGAUGCUCUGGUCAUUCGCAUAUUUAAGCUUUUAGAUGAAAACACCGAUAAUUUCAUUAAUUUUCUCGAGUUUUUGGUGUUAAUGGUUGUCAUACUUAGAGCCGACGCCGAAAUCAAACUGAGAUUUAUUUAUUCCAUUCAUUUGCUAAACAUUCCGGAACUGAUCUCUUCUCCGUCGGUGUCUGAGUACGAGUGCGACUCACAGGAGACUGAAUUGGGCGCUGAGGCCGAAGAGUUCUUUGCCUCAACCGAAGCCGAAACUGAACCCAAAGCCGAAGAACCCAAUGUCUCGUUCACUUUCACUCAGUUCUUGUCGUCGAUUAAUAUCAUAAAUAAUAAUCAAAAGAAUAGCCAUUCGUUUGGCAGUCAAAUGACUGGCGCUAUAUUCGGAUCCACUUUCAGUGCCUUAAACGAGACGAGCACUUCUGGUGACCGCAGGUCUAGCCUUCCGGUUAUGAAUCAGCAACAGUUCAUUCAGUUAUGGAAGACAUUGUACGACAUCUUCACCGGUGAAGACAAUGAGCAACAGAUAUAUCACUGCAUCGCUUCUGUGGGCACUUAUCUCCUAAAACUGGGCGAACUCUCGUCUCAGGCGGAGUCCACUCAAGCGAACUCUAUUGAGUCGAGCGAUACAUUAGCCGCCAAUUCAUCGGAAUGUGAUUCCAAUGACAGCACAAAGUCUGAUGAGAAGAAGACAUUGGAGGGAAUGGAAGACAAUUGGUUCAUAACAUUCGAGCAGUUUUGCGCCGCUCUUCACACCGAACAACAAUUGGUAGAUCUCUUCGAAGUGAAGUACGACUGGUAUUCGGUUUUAGCCAAACUCAAGAACUGGCGAAUCGAGAAACAGAACAGCUUUUCCUCUUCUAAUCCCAAUGUUAUUACUGUUUGA